AUGGAUUUCCAGGCAUUUUUCUUGAUCUUGGCCACAUUGUCGCUAGAUUAUUUGGUUGCGACUGCAUCAGUCCCAGCUUUGUUUGCGUUUGGGGACUCCCUUGUGGAUGCAGGCGACAAUGAACACCUCAACACUCAAGCAAGGGCGAAUCACCCUCCUUAUGGCAUUGAUUUUGAGAAUCACCAGCAAGGUGCCCAGACACUUCCCCAGCAAGUUGAUGACUUCCAAUCCAUGGCCUCUCAGCUCCAACAGCAGCUUGGAUCAAACGAGUCGUCCAGCCUUGUUUCCCAAUCCAUCUUCUAUAUAUGCAUUGGAAACAACGACGUCAACGAUGAGUUUGAGCAGCGUAAGAAUCUCAGCACUGAUUUCCUGCAAAGCGUCUUGGACGGUGUCAUGGAACAAAUGCAUAGGCUCUACGAGAUGGGAGCUCGCAAGUUCGUCGUGGUUGGGUUGAGCGCCGUGGGAUGCAUUCCCCUCAAUGUGCAGCGGGAUGGGAGCUGCGCUCCAGUCGCUCAGGCCGCGGCGUCAUCCUACAAUACAAUGCUCCGCUCGGCCCUGGACGAGAUGUCGAGCACCCACCAAGGUAUCCAUAUCGUGCUCACCAAUUUCUACGAUCUCAUGGUGGACACCAACACCAAUCCCCAGCAAUUUGGUAAGAAAAAGAUUGAUGAGUCAUAA